AUGGACGGUAAAGUAGGAAAUGUUGAUUCAAGAGAAGAAAAAUAUCCCACAGGAGAAAACGAUCAAGAAGACUUAACUCAACAGACAUCCCCAGGUGCGUCCGUUGGAAAUGACACUGAGCAUUUAUUAGUUAAUUCUGAAGAGCAAGGGAACGUCUCAGACGAUCAAGACGACCAAGAACGUAAAGAAGACGCAGAUGAAGAAGAACCAAAUGGCGAAAAAAAUCAAACGAACGUCGCAGUUGAUGAUGAAGCCGAAGAAGAUGAGGAUGAAGAAGACGAGGAAGCAUUAGAAGAAGAAGAAGAAGAAGAAGACGAGGAAGAAGCAGCCGGUGGUAGGAGAAAACGCGCACGUCAUGAACGCCGAAAUCAAUUCCUCGAUAUUGAAGCAGAGGUGGAUGAAGAUGAAGAGGAAUUGGAUGAAGAAGAAGAAGAAAUUGGUAGAGAAGAUGGCUUCAUUGAGGAGGAAGUUGGUGGAGCUGAGUAUGUGGCCGAUGAUAGACGACACCGAGAACUCGACCGCCAAAGGCAAGAAUUACAAUCCGUUGAUGCGGAACGUUUGGCAGAAGAAUAUAGAGAAAAGUAUGGAAGGAGCCAAACUGUCAUUAGUGAUACGAGCAACGUCCCUCAAAGGCUUCUUCUACCUUCCGUUAACGACCCUAAUGUCUGGGCUAUUAGGUGUAAAGCAGGAAAAGAGAAAGAUGUUGUUUUUACCAUUAUGAGAAAAGCUAUGGAUCUUCAAUACACGAGCAUGCCAUUGGAAAUUAUCUCUGCAUUUCAACGUGAUUCGCUUGUUGGCUAUGUUUACGUUGAGGCUAGGAAGCAAUCGCAUGUAUUGGCUGCUUUGAAUGGUAUUCUGAACGUCUAUACAAAUAAUAUGAUUUUGGUACCUAUUAAGGAAAUGCCAGAUUUACUGAAAGUCCAAAAACAAACCGUCGAGCUUCUUCCCGGUGCAUAUGUACGUAUUAAGCGUGGUAAAUAUGCCGGUGAUCUUGCUCAGGUGGAUAACUUGUCUGAAAAUGGUUUAACAGCCCGUGUGCGUAUAGUCCCUCGCGUUGAUUACUCAAAUUCACUAAAGAGAAGCAAAUCAAUUACUCGUCCACAGGCUCGUUUGUUUAACGAAAGCGAGGCAUACAAGAGUAACCCUACAAAAUUCUAUAGACGGGGACCGAGAACAUUUGUUUUUAAUAAUGAGGAAUUCGAAGACGGUUUCCUUGUUAAAGAUAUCCGAAUUUCUUCUCUUGUUACUGAAGGUGUCAAUCCAACGCUUGACGAAGUAUCAAAGUUCAGCCCGAGUAAUGAAGAUUUGGACCUUAGUUCACUUGCCUUGAGUGUAAAAAAUGAUCAUGCAGAAUUUCAAGUCGGUGAUGUCGUUGAAGUAUUUGUCGGUGAACAAGCUGGUGUUGGUGGUGUUGUCGAAACUGUUCAUGGCACUGUUGUUACCAUUAUUUCGAAUGAUGGGUUAAGAUUGGAUGUCCCUUCUCGCGGCAUAAGAAAACGUUUCCGUCAUGGUGAUUACGUGAAAGUUAUUGCAGGAAAAUACAAAGAUGAUACCGGUAUGGUUGUCCGCAUCUCAAAAGAUGAGGUUACUUUCUUGAGCGAUACGAUGAUGACAGAAUUAACUGUAUUUUCUCGUGAUCUUGGUGAAGCUGGCAGUGCUCAGGCUAUCAAUUCUGCCUAUGAUCUACAUGAUCUUGUUCAGCUUGAUGUGAAUACGGUCGGUUGUGUUUUCUCAGUUGAAAGAGAUACCUAUCGUGUAGUAGAUCAGCAUGGCGGUGUAAGGACUGCUAAAGCAUCACAGAUUACAAUGCGACAUUCAAAUCGGCGUGGUGUCGCCACUGACAGGAAUGGUACUGAAAUUCGUGUUGGUGAUAAGGUCAAAGAAGUUGGAGGUGAAAACAAAGAUGGAACUAUACUACAUAUAUAUCGUGCAUUUGUUUUCCUUCAUAAUAGAGAGCUUAUGGAAAAUAAUGGUGUUUUUGUUGCCAGAAGCCGCAAUGUUGCUACAGUGGCAGCAAAAGGUGCUCGUAUUUCAACAGACUUGACUAAGAUGAACCCUGCAUUAAAUAGCGGUCCUUCCUUACCUCCGGUCGCAAACAUCAAACGUACCAUCGGUCGUGAUAAAGCUAUUGGUGCCACAGUACGUAUACGUAAAGGACCCAUGAAGGGAUUGCUGGGUGUGAUUAAGGAUACUACGGAUGCCAAUGCUCGUGUUGAGUUACAUACGGGAAAUAAAAUUGUUCCAGUUCCCAAAGAAAAUUUGUUGUACACCAGUAAAACUGGAGACUUGAUAACUUAUACUGAAUUUAUUGAACGCAGUCGCGGUAUUCGUCCCGGCAGUAUCGGUAACGUGGACGGUCCAAGCGUUCCAAGCUGGGCACAGGGUGCGCGUACACCAGCGUAUGCGAACGGUGCUCAGAGUCAAGGUUGGCAGUCUGGUGGGAAAACACCUGCAUGGAACUCCGGGGCCAAAACACCGGCAUGGAAUGCUGGAGGGAAAACACCGGCAUGGAGCUCUGGCAACAAGACUCCCGCAUGGAAUGCUGGCAGUAAGACUCCUGCUUGGAACUCUGGUGCUAAGACUCCUGCUUGGAACGCUGGUGCUAAGACUCCUGCUUGGAACGCUGGUGCAAAAACGCCAGCCUGGAAUGCCGGAGGUAAAACCCCCUCUUGGAAUGCUUCUGGUGCUACCAACGUUGCUGGACAAGCUCCAGUUUAUGGUGGCUUCUCCGAAACAACCUGGGAUACUGAUGAUAACAAUGGUUCAUGGGCGGCACCUACUCCUGGGGGUUGGGCUGCACCCACGCCUGGUGGAUGGAAUGAAGAUGAAGGAAAUUCUCCUAACUAUGUGCCUCCGUCACCAUAA